UACAUGAACAGCAGGAUAGUGGAACCUAUCACAAGUGGACACCUUCACCACGUUUUUUCAGUAAUUGGAAUUCGUUUUUUUUUUUCUUUCUUCCCCUUUGUGUAUUCUACUUUCUUUUGGAUUCAUUCACAGCCACAAUAGAGAACAACACUCUUGUGCUCUUCCUACUGAUGAAUAUUAAGUACUCUUCCCUGUUCUUUUGCCCCAUCCUAGUCUAAGCAUCUCUCUCUCUCUCUCUCUCUCUCUCUCUCUCUCUCUCUCUGUAGAGAAAAUAACUGCUUGCCCAUGUAUUGUCAUCCGUUUGAGAAUCCAUCACUUUUCUAAAAUGGGUUUUGGCAUCUUUCCAUGAUCGUUUCAGUUUUUUCUUGUAUGUUGGAUUGAUGUUAGGCUUCGUUUCAUUUCAGUAUCUCCAAUUUCAGUAAAUCAUCCCCUAUGGUGCACUACUACUUUCUUGCUAAUCUUAGAUUAGUGGUUUAGUGACAGAUGUGAUUGGCAGGGUCAAGGGUUAAUAAGCAAGGAGAAAGAUCAUUUUCUAUCUGGUUUCUUUUUUGAGAUUCUCUUGAAUUUUCAAAAAUUCGGGUAUUUUCUGGAUUCUGCAAUUUAUGCUAUUCAAACAAGAAAGCUGUAUUCUGAUUCCAUGUAAAUGAUUCCCAUUUUGAUGUCAUCUUUUGAAUUUCUUUUUCCUGCAUACACUAUAUCACCUUCUUGAAUCAAUUCUAUGGAUAUGAAUUGCCUUGUCAUAGAUUGAGGAUUUCAGUCCUGUGUGAAAUGGAAACUCUCUUUCCGUCCUCGUGUUUUCCGACUUUGAAUUUUCUGAUGCAAGAGAGCAGGAGUACGCAAUGGACUAAAGAAGAGAACAAGAAGUUCGAGAAAGCUCUGGCGUUAUAUGAUGAGAACACCCCCGACCGGUGGGUAAAAGUGGCGGCCAUGAUCCCUGGGAAGUCUGUUUCUGAUGUGAGGAGGCAGUACAUAGAAUUGGAAUCAGAUGUUAGCGAUAUAGAAGCCGGUCGGGUUCCUGAUCCGGGGUACUUGACCUCUUCUUUCACAUUAGAGCUGAUGGAAAACGGUGAAUUCGAUGUGUAUCGAAAAAGGCCCUUGCCAUGUCGAUCGCUGGAUCAGGAGAGGAAGAAAGGGGUGCCGUGGACAGAGGAAGAGCACAGGCGGUUUCUGAUGGGUCUUCAGAAACACGGUAAGGGGGAUUGGAGAAACAUCUCCAGGAAUUUUGUCAUCACUAAGACGCCAACUCAAGUGGCAAGCCAUGCCCAGAAGUACUUCCUAAGGCUGAAUUCAGGAGACAAAGAUAAAAGGCGGCCUAGCAUCCACGACAUCACCACUGUCCAUCUGACAGACACUCCUUCACCGGACCAUAGUGAACCUCCUUCACUGAACAAGUCUACUCCGCUUACAUCGUCACUCAAGGACCCUAGCACACCAAAAGUAUUGCUCAACUGGAAUCACUCGAAUGAUGGAGGACGGAUGGUUUUUGGCUCAACUCAUGGCAACUCAUUCCUUCAGAGGGGUGCUUAUUUUGGAGCUCAAAUAGGAUCCCUCAAUCCUUUGUUUCAGAUCCAAUCCACAAGAUAUCGAAUCCACGGAUGAGGCAGUAAACUGUGUCGAGCAGAUAUCAAAUCACUUCACAGUGCUCAUUUCAUACAGUAGUAUCAUGUAAUUAUAUAGUGAUGAAUGAGUCGGUACGAUCUUUUGAAGUAUAUAGAAUGUGUCUUUCAUUAUCAUGUCGCGCUUCAACUUCUAAAUGAAAGACUCCCAAGUUUGUCUUU